CCAGUCUCAUUGGUAUCGAUACCAUACACCAUCAAACACUCUCGGGUCAAGAAAUGGAUCAAAUGAACGAACAUCAAUUAGACAAAGUCGCCAAUAAUGUGAGUGUAUUCUAUCGUGUAUCACCCAGACAUAAAUUGGCAAUUGUAAAGUCAUUGCAAAGGACUGGAAAUAUAGUGGGCAUGACUGGUGAUGGUGUAAAUGAUGGAGUGGCCUUGAAGAAAGCCGAUAUUGGUAUAGCCAUGGGUAAAAAUGGUACUGAUGUGUGUAAAGAAGCGGCCGACAUGAUAUUGGUCAAUGAUGAUUUUCACACUAUAAUAGCUGCUAUAGAGGAAGGCAAAGCUAUAUUCUAUAAUAUACGCAACUUUGUAAGAUUUCAAUUGAGUACUUCUAUUGCUGCCCUUUCCCUUAUAGCCUUGGCCACCCUAAUGGGCAUAGCUAAUCCUUUAAAUGCCAUGCAGAUACUAUGGAUCAAUAUUAUAAUGGAUGGACCACCAGCCCAAAGUUUAGGUGUGGAACCCGUAGAUCAUGAUGUCUUAAAGCAGAAACCACGUAAUGUUAAACAACCCAUGAUUACCAAAUCGGUGAUAGUUAAUGUUUUACUAAGUGCCAGCAUUAUUAUCUUGGGCACCUUGUGGGUAUUCCAAAGAGAAAUGGUGGAUGGUUCUUUGGGUAAGACAAAGCGUGACACAACUAUGACCUUUACCUGUUUUGUAUUCUUCGAUAUGUUUAAUGCUCUCUCCUGCCGCUCACAAACUAAAAGUGUUUUCACUAUAGGCCUAACUUCUAAUAAAAUGUUCCUAUUGGCUGUGGGCUUUUCCAUAAUUGGCCAAAUGUUGGUCAUCUAUUUCCCCCCUUUACAAAUGGUAUUUCAAACUGAGGCCUUAUCGGCCUAUGAUAUAUUAUUUUUACUCUCGCUUACCUCGUCAGUGCUAAUUGUGGCCGAGAUUAAGAAAUGGUUCGAAAGGACAAUGGAACGUAAAAUGUAUAAAACACGUUCCGAGUUGGAUUUCGUAUGACAAAACGAAAGCGCUGGAAGAUUGUUGAAUAAAAAAUCUAAUUAAAUUUCUUUAGACUAAAAUAAUACAAAUAAAAACAAGUAAUAAAACGUAUUUAAAUAAAAUUUAAACAUAAUUAAACAAUUUUGAGUUCUUGAUAAGAAAAUAGGAGGAGUUUUUUUUUUACGAAACAAGAGAAAA